CACCCACUCGACAUCCAGCUUGGACGUUCUUACUUCCCUCAGACACUAGUAUAGGCUUCAAGCCAUGCAACUUCGUAUACCCCCCAUUUACAGCCUUCAAUCUCCAAACAUGGGUUCUAUGAGCGCAAGGUCAAAGACAAGAAAACGUUGGGCAGAUCUCCGCAACGGCACACAGCCACGGAAAGACCCAGAGUAGGGGUCCAGCACCAGACCCAAAGACUAAAUGCCGCCACCCUAUGAUAGGCGUCGCGCGGUCGUUUUCGUCGGUUCAGACGCCACUCAAGCGGACCUAACGCGUGGCAUAUCAGGGGAAUUACUCCAGCUACUUUUGUCGUCGGACCCACGAACGACUCGGUGAUAGAGGGUUGAACCAAUGAAGUCUACGGUGCUACACCUUCCCCAGGUAGAACCCAAGUUGAGCUGUUUUCCGGCAUGGGUUAUCCAUUGGCUCACCAUGCCUUUCACUUCACUCUGAAGGCAUGCGACCCCUCAUUUGGGUGUCGCCGAUAGUCAUAACACAAUGUCAAGGAGACAUUAUUCAAUCGCCCAUGGUCCAGCGGACCCUCGCUCUUUCCAAAUUCCUACCAUCCCACGAUACGGCGGUCUUCUCAUUUUCCUCUUCAUCUUUUUCUGUUCCUCUCUAGACCAUAGCACUGGUUGUCACAUCUAUGUUUAUUGAUUUCCUUCCCACCACAGUCCAUACUUUAAUGUGAGAUCAACAUAUGCAUUGAUUGGCCUGCGACAGUAUACUUUCCUAGGCCUCCGGCCGCUCAUGCAACGAAAGUUACGAUGAAGAGCAGCUUUCGCAUCUCUUUAUGCCUCUCACUCCUAUUCAUAAUUCCAUUAUACCUCCUGAAAGUCAGACUUGCAGACCUCUCGGAUCAGUACGACGCGGGAGUGUACCUGAUCGACAUGUUGAGCAACAAAAGCGCUCAUAGAUGGGCUUCUCACAAUGAAGACGUGCGUGACAAGGUCAUUGUCAUGGCCAGGCUGGAGGAGGAGCCUGUACAAUGGGUCGAAGAGGAACUUUUAGACUGGCAACGAGCUAUUUAUACAGUGAACCCGUCCAAAGCUACACUCGCCGACGAUGAUCGACUCAAGACACCCUUCAACAAAGGCCAUGAGUCCAUGGCGUACCUUACUUAUCUGAUAGACCAUUACGACCACCUUCCCUCCACUAUCGCCUUCAUUCACGCCCAUCGAUCUGGAUUCCUUAUGGCCUGGCACGUAGAUGCACCGCUACAUGACAAUGUCGCCGCUCUCCGCUCCCUGCAACUCGAUUUCGUCCAGCGCAACGGCUACGUGAACCUCCGAUGCAAUUGGAACCCUGGCUGCAGCCCCAAGCAUCGCAAUAACGCACACAUAACCGAGGAUAUCUGGACAGAAAUAUUUGACGGAACAAGCACGCCGCCGCUCAAUUCAACAACAUCCCUUACAUCCAACGACUUACGAACUAGCAACCCACUCCAGCAUAAAUUCCUCCAGUUCCCCACCCAGAUUGGCGCAUCCUGCUGCGCACAGUUUGCCGUAUCCCGAGACCAGGUUCUCCGACGACCACGAGAAGAUUAUGUCAAGAUCAGACAGUGGGUGAUCGAUACAGACUUGGCUGAUGCCGCCAGUGGGCGCGCGAUGGAGUUUCUAUGGCAUGUCAUAUUCGGCAAGGACUCGGUAUACUGUCCCGACGAACAACUUUGUUACUGCCAAGUGUAUGGGCAGUGCUGAGCUUUUAGAAUUUUUCUGGCGCUUGGUGUUCUAGUUGCGUACUUUCUGUUAGACUCCUUGUAUACAACAAGUUUGCUCUCUGCCAUUCGGACGGUAUGCUCAACAUUAGCGUGUAAAGAAUCUCAAUCUUCUUUCUGGAGCCAGG